AUGACGUCACAGCGCCGCCGCGCCGCGGCGCGCGCUCUCGCGGGCUGCUGGCAUGUGACGUGCUGUGUUACCGGUCAUGAGCCGCCGCGUCCACGAAGACGGGCCCUCGGAGGGCCAGUGAUAGUGAGUGCGGACCAGAAGGGAUACCCCGGAGGAGGUCCGGGAGUUCGGCCGCCUUGCAUGAUGUCGCUGCUGAGCGUCACAGUGAAAAAGGCUCGUUACGUUGGAGCACAAGCGUCUCAGUUUAACACUUACGUUACCCUCAAGCUACAAAACGUCAAAUCCACCACAGUGACGGUCAAAGGAGCGACACCAUGCUGGGAACAAGACUUUCUCUUCGAAACAAACGAUUUGAAUACUGGACUGUUAAUCGAGGUGUGGAGCAAAGGGAUGAUUUGGGACCGUGCCAUGGGCUACCAUUGGCUGCCGCUUCAAACCGUGCAGUAUUCGAACGAGAUCCGGAGAAUAUAGAGGCUUCGGAUUUGCAGAGGAAGCUCGAGAUGCUCAACAAUAUUAUGGAUCAGGAGGCGAGGUUGGAGCAGGCGAAGAG